AUGUCUAACAACAACGUUUACCUCAAGACCGCCCGCUAUGGCAAGGAUCUCGUUCGCCUUCUCCGUGUCUACCGUGAGGGUGAGGUUCAACGCUGCACUGAGUUGACUGUCAGACUUCUUCUUGAAGGUGAUAUUGAGACCUCCUACACCAAGGCUGACAACUCUGUUGUCGUUACCACUGAUACUUGCAAGAACACCGUCAACAUUCUUGCCAAGCGCAGCCAAAACGUCGACAACAUUGAAGUCUUUGCCCAAGAGAUCACUUCCCACAUGCUCAACAAGUACCACUGGAUCUCCAGCGCUCACGUUGAUAUCAUCAAGCACAAGUGGACUCGUUUGAACGUCCAAGGCAAGCCCCACCCCCACUCCUUUGUCCGUGAUGGUGAGGAUGUUUCCACCACCAAGGUUGAUCACUACCGCCAAGGUGACAAGAUCCACAUCAAGUCCGGUCUUGCUAAGCUUUUGGUCUUGAAGACCACUGGCUCUGCUUUCCACGGCUUCCACAAGGAUGACUUUACCAUCCUUCCUGAAGUUUGGGAUCGUAUCUUCUCCACUGCUGUUGACUGCACCUGGACUUUCACCUCCAACUCCGCUGCUGUUCUCCGUAACAUCAACUACCCCGCCAUUCACGCUGGUGUUCGUGAAAUCACUACUGACACUUUCGCCACUGAUGACUCUGCUUCCGUUCAAGCUACCAUGUACCUCAUGCAAAACCGCAUCCUUGAGCGUUUCCCUGAAAUCGCCGAAGUUUACUAUGCCCUCCCCAACAAGCACUACGUUGGCAUGGACUUCUCCAAGUUCACCAAGCUCAACAUUGACAACUCUGGCAAGAACAUGGAUAUCUACUAUCCCCAACCCGAUCCCUCUGGUCUCAUCACUGCCACUGCUUCCCGCAAGAACCUUGCCAAGUUGUAA